CCCCGGGGGUUGCUAUGGAGCCCAACGCGGUCCAAAUCGGAAGUAGUCCUUGAAAAUUACUUUCCCAAGAAACCAUAUUUGAAAAUAAUGCCAUUCGAAUUCGCUUUUUCCUAAAGUAAACUCAUAAACAGAGAUACAGUCAAACUCUCGCUCUCAGCACAGAAAACUACGUUCUCAAGAGAGGAACUUCCACUCGUGAAGCGGCGGCAGCGGAGUGGAACCAAAGAGCAGAAGGCACCGGUUCUCCCACGAGCGCUUCUCUGGAACGGACCAGGCUCCCCACUCCGCCCCCCGCGGGGUUGCCGUGGAGACGGAGCGAGCUGUAGAUGCGGAGGAGCGCUGAGGCCAGGCCCUUACUGUCUGUCUGCGGAGGGGGCUCACAGGACCGACGCCAAGAUGAUGCUUUCAAGGGCCAAACCUGCUGUAGGCGGAGACCUACCGCACACUGACAAAAGAAAGAAGAAAGGUAGGAAGAUUCCAAAACUCGAGGAGCUACUUUCACAAAGAGAUUUCACUGGAGCUAUUACCCUAUUGGAGUUCAAACGUCAUGUUGGGGAACAAGAAGAAGAUACUAAUUUAUGGAUUGGAUACUGUGCUUUUCACCUGGGAGACUACAAGAGAGCUUUGGAGGAAUAUGAAAAUGCAACAAAAGAGGAAAAUUGCAAUCCUGAAGUCUGGGUGAACCUAGCCUGUACCUACUUUUUUCUCGGAAUGUAUAAACAAGCCGAAGCUGCUGGAUUUAAAGCUCCAAAAAGCCGACUUCAAAACCGCCUCCUCUUUCACUUGGCUCACAAGUUUAAUGAUGAGAAGAAGUUGAUGAACUUUCAUCAGAAUCUCCAGGAUAUCACAGAAGAUCAACUCAGUCUGGCUUCAAUCCACUAUAUGCGCUCUCACUAUCAAGAAGCUAUUGAUAUUUAUAAGCGAAUACUGCUAGAUAACAGGGAGUACCUUGCCCUCAAUGUUUAUGUGGCCCUGUGUUACUACAAGUUGGAUUACUAUGAUGUGUCUCAAGAAGUUCUGGCUGUUUACCUCCAACAAAUCCCCGAUAGUACCAUCGCACUCAACCUUAAGGCCUGUAAUCAUUUCCGCCUUUACAACGGUAAAGCAGCCGAGGCCGAACUCAAAAGCUUGAUGGACAACGCUUCUUCUUCCUUUGAAUUUGCUAAAGAACUCAUCAGGCACAAUCUGGUUGUUUUCCGAGGAGGUGAAGGGGCUUUGCAGGUUUUGCCUCCCCUGGUCGAUGUCAUUCCAGAAGCUCGGCUAAACUUAGUGAUUUACUACCUUCGUCAAGAUGAUGUACAAGAAGCUUAUAAUUUAAUUAAGGAUCUCGAACCUACUACUCCUCAGGAGUAUAUCCUCAAAGGAGUGGUCAAUGCAGCCCUCGGCCAGGAAAUGGGUUCGAGGGAUCAUAUGAAAAUUGCCCAGCAGUUCUUCCAGCUGGUGGGAGGAUCAGCUAGUGAAUGCGAUACAAUACCAGGGAGGCAAUGCAUGGCUUCCUGUUUCUUCCUGCUUAAGCAAUUUGAUGAUGUCUUGAUUUACCUCAAUUCAUUUAAGAGUUACUUCUAUAACGAUGACAUCUUUAACUUUAAUUAUGCCCAAGCCAAAGCUGCAACAGGCAAUACCAGUGAGGGUGAAGAGGUUUUUCUUUUAAUCCAAAAUGAGAAGAUGAAAAAUGAUUACAUUUACCUCAGUUGGUUAGCUCGAUGCUAUAUUAUGAAUAAGAAACCAAGACUAGCCUGGGAACUUUACCUCAAGAUGGAAACCUCUGGCGAAUCCUUUAGCCUCUUACAGCUCAUUGCCAAUGACUGCUACAAGAUGGGCCAGUUUUACUAUUCAGCCAAAGCAUUUGAUGUCCUGGAGAGACUGGAUCCCAACCCCGAAUACUGGGAAGGCAAGAGGGGUGCCUGUGUGGGCAUUUUCCAGAUGAUCUUAGCUGGAAGGGAACCCAAAGAGACUCUUCGAGAAGUGCUCCAUUUACUGAGAAGCACCGGUAACACCCAAGUAGAGUACAUCAUCCGGAUUAUGAAGAAAUGGGCCAAAGAAAACAGAGUGCCUAUCUAAAAUAGCUCCAGUCACCAUGUUGACAUAAAACUGGAAAUCAUUUUCUUCGCGUUUAAUGUAAGGACGCAGGGCUCUAUUUUAUUGACAUUUUCCCUCCUUGCUCUUCAAACCUCAAGACCAGUGACUGGCUUGCUUAGGCCCUGCCUCCUGGAUGAACUAAGUGCCACAGCCUGUGCUGUGGCUUCUGUGUGAUCUGACUAGCAAUAAGACUUUGGACUUGUCUGGUGCCUUUCUUCCAAAAAUACUCUUACUCUAAUAUAUUUAAUGACUUUAAGGAGAACGGCGUAACUUUUUUUUUUAUAUUAAAAUUCUAUAGCAUUUUCUCCAAGCUUCGAUGACAAAUGCCGUUAAUGCUUAAGAGUCACCAUCGUUCUGUCUUCUCAUUCCCAGCCAUCUCUGUACACUACCCCUUUGUACUGGGGAAUUCCAGAAAGACUCCUGUAAUGCAUCUCUGAAUCUUGGGAGACCAGAGAUUAUAAAUAGCUAUAUGAUUCGAAGAAUGGCAGUAAGAUCUUUUAUCAAGCUGUCCAGUCAUUAAUAGAUAAUAUAAGCUUCUGGGAUUACUCUGCAGUAAUUGAAUUUUUGAUAACGUGUUACAGUGGAGUAACGUGAGUAUUGCAGUUUUUUAAAAGGUAAAUACUAUGAAAAAAUCUGUGCGGCACAUAUAAGGUUAUUUAGAAAGCAAAGUAUACAAAUCGCAUUCAUCACCUCUCCCUUAUAUUUUAGGUAACAAAACAGUUUAGGUGUUUUUUUUCUUCAUGUAUUUUGCUGAAUAAACAUGAAUUUUGAAAGUAGGGCUACAAAGAUGAUAUGUAUGGAUUAUGGCCAUUUAUUGAUGUAAGGAUAUAGAACAUGGGUUGUGUAGAGCCUUUUGAGGGGUCUCCUAAUGGCUACUCUCUGUUCUCAGUCAUAUUCCAGCCCCAUGUCUGAGCUUUCACAGCACGAACCUAUUAUACAACUGAGCAUUCUUAGGCUCACAAGCUACUUUCAGAAGACAGACCGCCAUGUGUUUCUGUACCAGACACCUUUAUUUCUACACUAUGUCAUUCUUUUUCUAUUAGUUUAAGGUACCCAGUAUUAUAGAUGUAGAAAGUGCAGAGCCAUUCCUAUCCAGCAUGAGAACCGAAAGAAAGUCAUAGUUCCUUGAAACACUAAAAACGGAAGAAUUCCUGUCAGCACUACAUCAGCUGUUCCACCUAAGCCCCCAGCAUCGCACCGUGCAUGGAGGAGGUGUAUGGAAUGGAGAUGGGAACGUGGCGGGAGGCAAAGCAGCUGAGGAGAGAAGACCACUGACCACAGAGAGCCUUCGCCUCCCAGGCAGUUGCCAAGAGGUUCUUUCAGCUCUCUACUCGGGAAGAUGACCAGUUUUCUUGUCUUUUCUCUUAGACCACAAAUAGUUCAGAGCACAAAUCAAAAUGAACUGGCCUAAAUGGAAUUUUAGAAAACAAAAUUACAUCCUUUUUCAUAUGCCAAAGCUUCCCUGUUUCCUCUUUAGGUGGUUCCUACUUUUUAAAUAAUUGGUUCUCAGAAUCUAAAGUUGUAGGUGGGCCAGAUCUAGGCAGAACCUGCUAUAAUUCUUAGAAUCCUUCUUGUGAUUCUUACCUCACUUAAAAUAUUAGGAAACGGAAUAGUGGAAAAAGACAGAUGGAACCCCUCAGUGGCUUUUGGCAAUGAAAUGCGUCUUCUCGUUAAUUGCUGUUAUUUUCAAAUUUCCUAUACUUGAAAAGCUUUUCCAUUGAUGGUGAUUUACUUUUAAAUGAGUUUUUGUUGAAUUUAACACUUCUCUCUGUGUUUUUGUGUCUUUGGGACAAAAAAAAAAAAAUCAGAUAUUCCAAAAAUAGCAAUUUCCAGAAUUUUAUACUAAUUUUUUAAAAAGUUUUUAAUCUAUAGAAUUGAGCCAAAAAACAUAAAGACUGAGUUAGGAGCAAUAACCAUCGGAUUCUGCCAUUAAGGAUAACUGCUUGUGAAAUGUCUUGGCAGGGUCUCAAGACUGCAGAAUAGUGUUGCACAGCUGCUUUUCUUCAUGUGAUAUAGGAGACAGUAUAGCAUAAUCUAUACAGUUCAUAGCAUCAAUGUACCAUUUAUAGCCUGUAACAAAUAUUACUUGCGAAUGGAAAGAAAUUUUGCAAUUAUUUUUGUAUUUCAAGAGAAUUUUAUUCUACUGUAAUAUAUUCAAAUUAAAAUUUAUUUGGUUCUUACUAUGAUA